GUUGUUAACAUCCGCUAUCGACGUGACACGCAAACCGAACCUGGUGUGCAGCUUAACAGUGCGUUGAAAAUGAGGCUUGUCACGUUGCACGUGGUCAUCUUUCUCUCUGUGAUCGUACACGCCAAGUUUGACGAAGACAGUAAACAUUGGCGUGAACUGGCUGAGGUAGAGUUACAAGAGGCGCUGUCUUACAAAUGGAACACGAAUAGAGCUAAAAAUGUGAUCAUCUUCGUGGGUGAUGGGAUGAGCCCUGAUACAAUAACAGCCAGCAGAAUUUAUCGAGCUGGAGAGACCAGUCGUCUGGCUUGGGAGCAUUUCCCUCACAUAGGCAUACUCAAGACCUACAAUACGAACAAACAAGUACCAGAUUCAGCAUCGACGGCAACAGCCUUGUUCUGUGGAGUGAAGACGAAUUACGAAGUUGUCGGUGUGAACAAGAACGUAGCAUUAAACGAUUGCAACGCAAGCUUGAAUAUCGACUACCACGUGGACUCGGUGCUCACGUGGGCUCAGGCUGCCAAUAAAGACACAGGAUUCGUGACGACCACAAGGGUGACUCACGCGACUCCCGCACCUUUGUACGCGCACAGCGCGAACAGACGAUGGGAAAGCGAGACUACGAUGCCGAUAGGAGCGAAAGGAUGCAAAGAUAUCGCCAGACAAUUGGUGGAAAACCUCCCUGGGAGAAAUAUCAAGGUGAUCAUGGGUGGAGGUAGGCAAAUGAUGAAAUCGAACGCUACCGGGACAGAGUUCGAUCCUGUGGACGCUUGGGCUGGUCAGAGGAAGGACGGUAGAGAUUUAAUUGAAGAAUGGAAACGCGACAAAGUCUCUAGAAAAUUGUCCUUCGAUAUUGUCCAGAAUAACGAAGAAUUGUCGCGGGUGAACGUUAAAAAAGUAGACUAUCUGUUAGGAAUUUUUGCAAAUGGCAAUAUUAACAUGGAUUGGAACAGAGAAAAAGGUCCAAAGGGACAACCGAGUCUUGAAGAGAUGACUGUGACAGCCUUGAAGAUUCUUCAAAAGUCGAAACACGGUUAUCUCUUAGUGGUAGAAGGAGGACUCAUAGAUGCUGCUCAUCAUCGUGGCCACGCAGCUCAAGCGUUGUUAGAAACUGUCAGAUUCUCUGAUGCUAUUAAUGCAACUUUGAGGAUGGUCAACACUGACGAUACACUCGUUAUAGUAACCAGCGAUCAUACUCAUUCUAUGAGCUUCAAUGGGUACAGUGAUCGAGGCUCGAACAUUCUAGGCAUAGCUCAGAAGUCUAAAUGGGACGGGAUCCCGUACACCACGCUAACUUACAGCACUGGUGGUCCUAACAAUCAAGCGUACACAAUGAAAGAUAAUUCCACUGUGAGAAUAGAUCCUUCUAAAGAAAAUACAACGUCGUUCACGUACAGUCAACAGGCCACCAUCGUAUCUGACGAGGCUUAUCAUGGUGGUGGUGACGUAGCAGUCUAUGCAAUAGGCCCGUUUACUCAUCUGUUUCACAGUGUACACGAGCAGAGUUACGUGGCUCGUGUGGUUGCCUAUGCUGCUAAAAUGGAACCGAAAGCCUAUGGGAAUCAAGCUGGAAAACAAGAAUACAACAUUCUCGUCACUGUUUUCAUGUAUUGCUGUGUGUUUCUUCUAGUUUUACUCCGUCAAUGGUAAUUCGUACACGGAGUGCAAGGUGUACAGUGUUAAAAAAAAAAAAGAAAAGAAAAAACAGAAAAUAC